AUGCCUAACGUACUUGUUAUCGGACCAACUGGUUACGUCGGCUCGGCUCUUAGCGAACAGCUCAUUCGUAGCGGUGAUAAUUACGUCUACGCCGCAUCUCAGAGCGAAGAGGAAGGAUUCCGCCUCGCUACCAAGGAAAUCAUUCCCAUUAAUGGGAACCUUGAUUCACCUCAGGCAGCGUUCGAACUCAUCUGUUCUAAUAAAAUCGAUGUUAUUGUGGAUACCACCAGCUAUAACGACAAGACAACCAAGUCAAGGCUUUUAAGCACCAUUGUGGAAGCUGAGAAGAUCAGGCGGCAACAGCUCUCCAAGGGCAAAGACUUCAUUCAACCAAAACUAGGCUUUGUCACUCUGAGCGGAAUAUGGACCCAAGGAUCAACAGAGGAUCCUUACGGGAGCUUUCAGCCUAUGACUGCGGAAGCGCAAUCAGCCGUACCCGAAGAGGGCCUUAAUGAGUCAAAACUUUUAUAUGAACAGGAGGUUCUGGAGUCUAGGGCAGUUCUUGAUGUUGCUAUCAUCCAGCCAUCGUUUAUUUGGGCUCGAGGAGGCGCCUCUUGGACUCGCAUUCUGGGUCCUCUAGUUGAAGGAGCGCGCACAGGAUCUACUGACGUGAUGAAAAUCGCCGUCGACCCUGAAGAUCAGGUGUAUUGCUUCACCAAUAUUGAUGAUGUAGCUGCUGCAAUUGAGCUAGCGGUGAACAAACUGCAGCUCAUCAAUGGAAACAGCGUACAUCCGGUUUUCGAGCUGGUGGGAGAUCAGUUUCCGAUUGGUUUGCUGUUUGAGCGCGACGCUCUCUAUUUUGGAUGCAAGGGAAAGGUAGAAAUGUACAAGCCUGAGGAAACAGAGUUCUUGGAUGUUAUUGGCGGGAACCACAACGCCAACAGAGCCAGGUCCGAGCAAAUUUUAGGGUGGUAUCCUAAGAAGCGAUACUUCUUGAGAGACACGUUUAUCUACGCCAACUCAUUCAUGGCAGCUUUGGCACUUGCGAAGCGUAAGUAG